GCGUGUCAGCAGUACUCGGAGAAGGAUCCCGGGUGAGGGGCGCGCGGUGCGUACCCGCACGCAUUUGUCGCCGGAGACACCUGGCGGCACUGCUGACAAGCGGCAGACUGGCAAGGUGCUGCGCUGACAGUGGGACGAUCUGUGAGCGAGAGCUUGGAGCAACGCUAUGUUCGGCUGGCUGCUAUCGGCGCCGUGGGCGGUGGCCUCCUGGCUGCUGUCGCCAAUCCCGCUAACAGUGCUGGCGGCCAUUCUCGUCUACCACUACUUCAAGUUCACCAAGAAUUUCGACUUCUGGCCCUCACGCGGCGUGCCGGGACCAAAAGCGACGCUACCUUGGGGAAACGAGUUUGGAGUGCCGUUCUUAACACCGGCCGUCGAGUUCGAGCAGUGGCUCUACAGCAAGCACGGGGGCAAGAAGUACUGCGGCUACAUGGAGAUGAGCCGGCCUGUGCUGUUCGUCGGCGAUCCGGACCUGAUCCGGGCCAUCGCCAUCAAGGACUUCGAGUACUUCACCAACCGACGGGACGCGGGUGCCGAGGAUGAGCUGAAAGAUGCCCUCAGUGUUGUCAACGGGGAGGUGUGGAAGCACACGCGGGCCGUCAUGUCGCCCACCUUCUCCGCCAGCAAGCUUAAGGCGAUGCACCAGCUGACGCUGGACAACGCUCUCAAUCUGAACAAAUAUGUGCUAGAAGACAUGCAGAGCAAGGGAGAAGUUGAAAUGAAGGACGCCUUCGGGCGAUUCACCAUGGACAACAUAGCAUCCUGCGCCUUUGGCGUGAACUGCAACUCUUUUGUUGAUCCAAACAGCAUAUUUGCAACGAAUGCAGCAAAACUGUUUAACCCUGGAGCGCUUGGUUUUCUACGGAUUGUUGCAGUACUGACUUUACCGAAGUUCAUUUCAUCGUGGUUUCCCAAUCCGGCGAGGAAGGUGGUGAAGUUCUUCACCGACGUCGUUAACACGACCGUCGCUCACCGCGAGAAGCACCCAACGUCCGUGCGAGACUUCUUGCAGCUGUUGAUGGACACGAAGGACAAGGACGGUAACCGCGUGCUCAGCACCGCCAGCAUUGUCAGCCAGUCGGUGUUGUUCUUCCUUGCCGGGUACGACACGACGGCCACGCUGCUGACGUUCGCGUCGUACAGCCUAGCUGUCAGUCCCGAUGUGCAGCGCCGGGCGCAGCAGGAGGUGGACGAUGUUUUGGCCAAGCACGGCGGCCAGAUGACGUACGACGCCGUGCUGGAUAUGACGUACCUGGACCGGGUGCUCUCGGAGACGCUGCGCCUGUACGCGCCUGCCACGCGACUCGAGCGCGAGUGUACCAAGGACUAUACUCUGCCCGGCACGAACGUGCACCUGCCCAAGGGCACUUUGGUGCACAUACCAGUGCUUUCGCUCCACCGCGACCCGGACCACUACCCGGACCCGCUGCGCUUCGACCCGGACCGUUUCUUGCCGGAGGAGAAGGAGAAGCGCCACCCGUGCGCCUACCUGCCAUUCGGCCAAGGACCGCGCAACUGCAUCGCCAUGCGGUUCGCGCUGUUCGAGGCGAAGGUGGCGUUCGCGGCACUGUUGCAGAAGAUGACACUGCUGCCGACGGAGAAAACGCCGCCGCCGCCGAUGCCACUUGACAAGAGGGCGUUUUUGACGACACCCGAGGGCAGAAAACUGCCCCUGAAGGUGGAGCUGAGGGCUAGGGACGACUGAGACAUGACAACCCUCUGCAUGAGUGUUGGCAGAUCGUGAGCCUUCUGAAUCAUUCGUUAUCAUGGCAUAGGAUUGCCCAAGAAUGUUGGGGAGAUGUAUUACUAACUAAGAACAGACAUAUGAGUAACUGAAUAUUAACAACGUGGCUUCAUGUGAUUUAUGUCUUUCAGAUUGCCGUAUUAGAACGUGCUUCGUACCAGCAUGAUGCCCAUGGUGAAUACAUCGGUUUGUAUAUCAGUUGGCAGUGUGGAAACAUUUUGGAAUGGGUAUUAAGCCAUUGUUUGCAUGACAAGAGCGAACGUGAUGGAAACGCGUGAUGAACGUAUGAUAUACACGAGCAUG